GGGGGUAUCUAAUAUUAAUGUUCUUUGAAAAGUUAAAAAGUGUUAUUAUUAAAAUGGUGUGUUGUAUUUAUAAUGAUUUAGAAAAGGAGAUAUAAUAUGUCAACAAAAAAUGAUGAUGAAUGGGAAGAUCAAUAUGUUUUUGUUGAAUUGGUAGGAUUACUUGACCCAGACAAACUUUUUUUGUGCACUACUGAAAACACUGCUUUAUUGGGGAUUGAUGAUGAAGUAACUGUCCUGAAACUUGGAAAUUACACAUUUGCUGGUAAUUAUGAAGAUUCUUUUGGUAGUAUGGUAUUUUUUGAAGAAAUCGAAAACAAGUCAGAAAAGUCUUUAAAAUACCACUCCCACGCAACAAAGGUUUUAAAGACAUCAAGAGUGUUUUUAAAACCAAAAGAAAAAUUGAAGUCUCUUCCCUCUGAAUUGAUUGAGAAGGAAAAAAAUGUUGGAUCAAAUAUAGAAGUACAGGUCAAUGUCUCACAAUCUAAAGAUAACACACCUGAUAUUGAUCCAAUUGCCAAAGAAAUAGACCAUAAUCCUGAAAAUUCUAUGGACUCAUAAGAUCUGCAUUACUUGUAUUAUCGUCAACGUUCUGAAGACCACUUGCUGAAAUUGCUUUUUUGUGGUAUGCACAAAAAACUUGGAAUGGAAAACAUUUACACCAACUAUGAGAUAUCCAUUAACAAAUAAUGUUGUGAAAGAAAAAUGAAAUGUCCAUUUGAUAACAAGUAUUUUCUUAAUUUUUACUUGCUUAAGGGCUUACAUUUUAGCGAUAUUUAUUAUUUUGUUGCUUUCUAUCAUUUAAAGAAAAGGUUGAGGUGUGACAACAAAAUGUCUCUGUCUGAUAUAUAUUAUAUAUAUGUCUGAUUCUUAAGCAUAAAUUUAAUUGAGUUUUUUUUAGAGUUUGUGAGCUUUAUGAUUGCUUCUUCACCACACAAUGUGAAAAAGGUAAUAGAAAAGAAUAUCAUCAAAAAUCAUAAAUAUAACCAAAACCUUCCAAUUUGAAGGUUUUUAUGAGAACCCAUUUACAAUUUUCAUCUUUUUAAACAGUGGGAACUCUUACAAUAUUUUUUUGACAAUCAAUAUAUAGCAUCAUACUUUAAUUUCUUGUUCGUUAAAAGAAACAUAGAUUAAUGCUCCUUGGUGGAAUAUUAAAGAUUUCAACUUUUGAUAAUUCUAUUUCUUUUUUGGUGGUUAUUGAAUAUGUGAAGGAUUACUAUCUUGUUUGUUGCCAGUUCGUGAAAUACUGCUUUCAAAUAUUUUUCUCAAGUUUCCCUUUGCACAACCUGCGAAAACAAUCCUGUUAUGUUUUCUUACCAUUCUACAGAACAUGACAUUUGUUGGGUGAAAUGCAAACCUUAAGUAAGCUCAUUUUUCUACCACUAUCAACAUUUUAAAUGUACAUUCUUGUUUAAGACCUUCAUGUUUCUUUGCCAAAUUUUGGAUAUGAGCGCCCGUCCAAUUUUCAGUGUAUGUUUUGUAAAUAAAGCUACUGCUGUCAAGGUUCAGGAAAGUUUCUUCCUUUUACACUUUGCCUUGUGUGGUCAUGUUAUUAAGUACAGUGGACUAUCGAUGUAAAGAACCCCGAUAUAGUGAACUAUUGAUUUAAUGAACCAAAUUUUUUCGUCCCCUGAACUCAAAAAACCUUGAUUAGAAAUUCAAAGUACUAAAUUCUACAGAACAUAAAAAAUUAAGAUUUAGAAAAUUUUGUACUAUCAUGAUAAAAGACAAUUCAUCUUGUAUAAGCAUCUUGUAAAUUACAUUCAAAGCCAUGUUGGUGAAAGAAACAUGUGUGCAAACGGAACAAUAUGAUGCUUAUGAAGACAUUGAACUGCAUUAUAUAAACAAAUUUUUUAAUUCAUUUUAAUUUGUUGCCAUUUUGCUUUUGAACUGAGUGUGCGCUAUCAUCUUUUCCAUUCAGAAAAAUAUAGAUUGAUAAAAUGGAACACUUCCAGCAAUGUGGUGUAGCCUUAUCUAGUCAUGUAAGAAUGAUUAACAAUAACUCGUUUUUGAAGAACAAUUCCCUUCGUCAAAAUUGACAGACACAACUUUUGGCAAAACAAUCACCAAUUACCAAUUAAAUUGAUUUUAUUGUCAUUUAGGCUUGCCUCCUAUCAGUCUAAUACAUUUUGCCUUUUCUAUACACAACAUUAUGUAUGGGAGAUAAGCCUGUGCAUGCAGGGGCACCAUGUUAAUUUGCUUGUUUAGAAAUGUUGUAAGUCCUUGUAAAUUGGUUUACCCUUCACAGAAAUAAGAUAAUUGUCCUAAAUGUGUAAUAUAAAUAGGAUAGCAAUAGGAUAACAAUGUUCUUGACAAAAGUGCUAAAAAAAUCAAAUUCUUAGGUCUGGCUAAGAUGAUUUCCUAUAAGGAAUGUCUGUUGUAUUGCAAUUUUAUCAAUCUCAAAAUAAUAAUAUUAAUAAUAAUAACUAGCUGUUUCCCGUGGAAGAAUCCACUGUAUUCUCAUUUAAUUUGUGUAGCAGAUAUACGUCCGUCAAAAAACAAACAAUACAGCAGUGCGCAUCUUACAUCUGCAUUAUUAUAUAAAUGACCAAAAAAAUUAAAAGUGUCCAACAACUGCAGUACAUAUCACUACAGCGUGCAUAUUUACAGCAAACGGCAAUUUGUACAAACAAAUCGAUGGUGUCACCAUGGGUGGCCCAUUAUCGGUUGUAUUCACAGGUUGUUUCAAGAACAAAAUUGAAAUAGGAAUAGUAGUUCCGAGAAAUCCUAAAUAUUAUAAACAAUAUGUUGAUGACACCUAUCACCGCCGUAAGAAAGGAGUACCAGACGAACUCUUUGAAGCUCUUAACACUUACCAUCUCAAUAUCAAGCUGACCAUAGAAGAGAAUCCGUCUAAGUUCCUCGAUACCCAGAUUUCAAGAAAUGAGAACGGCACUUAUACAUAUAGUGUGUAUAACAAAGAGUCAAAGUUACCCUUCCAUUGAUCAUCUAAAGUUCCCACAUAAUACAAACGUAGUAUAGUCAAAGGUGAACUCCAUAGAGCUCAAAGAAUCGGAAGUUCUUUCAAUCUUGAGCUCCAAAGAAUCCGCAAAAAGUUCAAAGCUGUAGGUUAUCUGGUUCGUUUUAUUGAAGCUCAAAUAAACGCUUUCAAGCCUAAUCUAUCUAACAAAAUGAUAAUCCCAGACUGGUUGUUCAAAGAAGAUAAAAAAAAAGUUUUUAUCCAAAUACCAUUCUGUCCCAAGAAUGAGGGGUCAAUUAGAAAAGUUGCCAAAAACAUAGAAUCGUUUACGAAUGGGGAAGUCAGAGUUGUUUAUAUGUGGAAAACUACUAAAGUCAGUUCUCUUUUUCCAUUAAAGGAUAAAGUUAACCACCAUAACAAAGUCAUUUACAAGGGAGAAUGUGCGACGUGUAACACUAUCUACAUAGGAGAAACAAUGAGAAAUGCUAUUGUGAGAUGGAAAGAACAUAACUCCAACAGUGAGAAAUCCGAACCUUCUAAGCACUUAGUCAGAAAUCCCGAUCACGCCUUUAAUUGGUCCAUCUUGUCUAAGGCGCCAAGAGACACUAGAAAAAGAAAGAUUUUGGAGGCAUUUUUCAUUUGUUCCCAUAAGGCCCUCUUGAAUGAUCAAAAAGAGACCAAAUCACUUUUGUUAUUUAGGAAUGGAGUUACAUAGCUUUUUAUCUACACAAUCGCCUGUUUUUAUUCUCUAUUCCCGUGGGCAAUUAGUUUUUGUUUCUUUUAUUUUAUUUUAUUUUUACACAUGAUGAUUUUGCACGUUUUCUUUCUUUUGUUUCGCUUGUCCAUGAUUUUUACUUGUAUUCCCUUGGGUAGAACAUUUUAAUUAAAUCAAUUAAUUUAUUUAUUGUAGAUAUUUUGUAUAAAGGUUUUUAGCUUAGGAUAUUUUUAUCACUUGAAAAUGUAACUCAGUUACGAAAAGCUUCGUGCUACUUUAUAAAUUAAAAAUAAUAUUUUAACAUGUGUUUUUAAAACUUUUCUUAUUUAUUUGUUGGCUGAUUUAUCAUAAUGAAGUUUUCAAAAGCAUUUCAAAAUACAUCUCACCCAUAAAAUUUCAAUCACUCAAAACGUCACAUACAAAAAAAGCUGAUCAAUGUCAAGCACAAAUCUCUCUCAUUGUAUAUGUUAAAAUCAGUUAGUUUAUUGCAAACCCUACCAAAGGUUGACACAAAAUGUGAAGAAUAAACAAUAAAUUGUGCCUAAGUAGAAAUUUUUAUCCAAGGUGUUAAAAAAGGAUUGCAAGGAUAAGUUAUAAUGCAAUAAAAUGUUUUUUGAUAUAUUGAAUACGGUCCUUCCUCACCAAACUUUAGAGAAAAUGUCAACAAAAAAAGGGUGUUUGAACCUGAAAUUAAUAAAAGUCAGUCCUUUUAGCAACUUGCAUGCUGUUUUACCAUCAAUAAAGUAAACAAAAUUUCAAAUCUCACAUAGUAUUCUGUCACAAAUGUUUUCAUAAAAUAUAUAAAAAAGUCAUAAUGAGUCAUGUUAAACAACAGCAAUCAAUCUAUAAGUUCGUUUUAUGUCAAUUUUUGCACCAAAUUUGCAACACAAAAUACAAAUUCUAAAUAAUACUAAAAUCUCUUACCGACGGUCUCCCACAAAAGUUUAAUCAAAAUGUAAAAAAUAAGAGGUAACGACAAAAUUAAAGUUUGCAAAAUUUAAUUAUUUUGGUACACAUAUCAACUGCAUAUGCCCUCUAAAACAAUAUUUUAAUCCAAAAUGCCAAAGAAAAACAGUUUGCAACAAAAAUCAGUUAUUUUGAUGAUACUGCAUACACUCUUUCCCCACAAAAGCUUCACAAACUGUAAAAAAAAGAAUGGUUGUAGCGAGUGCUUCUGAUUAAAAAAAAUCAGUUUUUUUGACAUUUUGCAUCUUGUCACCUAUUAAAUCUUAUACAAAGUUUCAAAAAACUACAAUUUCGUUAAACUUUUAAAAUGUGAUAUAACGAAGCUUUUCUAUCGCCGUUCUUCGUUUUUAAACUUUUAAAAUGCGAUCUAAAAAAACAUUUCUAUCGCCGCUUUUCGUUCUUAAAUUUUGAAAAGGCGAUCUAAAAAACAUUUCUAUCACCGUUUUUCGCUCUUAAACUUCUAAAACACGAUCUAAAAUAGCUUUUCUAUCAAAAUUAAAGUUUCAAUCUAUGUUAAAAUAUAAUAAUUUCUAUCGUUUAAAAGCUUUUUUAACCCGCGCAACCAACAAUGCCUUCUCGCUAGUUUAUUUAGUUUCCACGCAAAACUUUUGUUUAAUAAAAAUAUUAAACAAUGGCUCUUCGUGUCACACUGAUAGAGUUGAUAACAUUUGCAAUUAUGCUAUUGGGAAUAGUUAUGUUAACACUAUUUAACAAUAGUUACGCGCAGUUAUAAUCUAUUUUUUCUUCAAUAAUCUUUUGUUCAAUACGCGUAAGUUAAUGACUUACAAGACUCGCAAGAUAAUUAAUAAGAACAAAAAUCAAACAACUACCGCCUCCGAGAAAAAGGUGUGAAACUUGAGCAUACGCGUACGCUUACAUCUGGACUUUACUGUAGCACAUAAUCCAUACACACUGUCCUUUUUUACAACUAUUAUCACAUGACAGCACAUUCUGAUGCAGUUGGAACAGAACAGUGUUUCCUUAGGCGAUCCCAAGCAUGUGUUUUUUGACAGCAAAUGCCUAUCAGUGUCCACCCCUGUAUAGGUACAAUCAGUCACUGGACAGGAGAUUGAGUAACUAAAAGUAUGAAUUAGUACAUUGCUUGAAAUGCAUCUGUAGAUCUAAAUUCUCUAGUCAAAUGACGUUCUAUGUUUGAGGUUAGUCUCUAAGAUCUCCUUUUCUUCAUCCAUCAAAUCUUUUUCAUGUCCUGAAUACUCAUAAGGAAUGUUGGGAAAAUAGUUUUUAUCACCCACAAGUUGUUUUUGAAGGAAGUUUCUUUUUGACUAGGGAAAUGAACCAUUGCUGUUCGGUCAUUGCUUACCUAGGUUUUAAUUUCUUAAAAUGAAGUUAAUCUAUACUGAUAGUUUUUAGAUGGGAUCAUGCUUCUGUUGUAUGUGUUAGUGAUGGAUAGCUGCAGACCGUCAUUAUCCUGAAGACAAAUUACCCCAAACAUCUAAAAAAACGAUGGAUUAAAUGCCAAACUACUCGCGUUUGAUGGUUUUAAAGAACUUGCUUUUACAAUUAUAUUAGUUGUAUCACAUUGAAUCGAAUCCUUGUUCUUUUAUGUCAGAACCUAAACAGAAAAAAAUUACAAUAUCAAAAUCUUUACCAGGCACGGAUCGAGCCAAUUUUUUUACUUUAAAAAAAUGUAUUUUUAAUCACAGUUUUACAAGGAAUAAUUUCCCUGUUCCCUGCAUAUCUCACAUCUUUGCUUUUUUACAGAAGCACAUAAAACUUUUGUAUCAGGUACGCAUGACUUCCAUUUACAUAGCUGCUUAAAAAGUAAUAGGUCUUGACAGUAGUCCACCCUCAUAACAAAACAGAAUGUGAAUAUCAAAUGCAGAAAAUGGUUCCCUAGGUUCUAUUAUUUGAUUAAAUAACACUUGAGCCUUUUUGCAUCUAUAAUCUGGAUAACAAGAAAAAAUAUUCCUGUUUGAACAGGCAUAGCGAAAAAGGAACAAUAUUUCCGACCGACUAAAUUUAUAAUGCCAACCUCUUUUACCAAGUCUUCCUUGUUUUUGUCUGUAUUAAACGCAUCAUUGCAGACAGACAUAUUAAAAACAUCUUCUAUAGAUUUAAAGAUAUUAUCUGUAAGAUUAGGGACAGAUGAAAAGAGAGGCUGCUUAAAAUAAAAGUUAGCAUUUAUUACUAACUCCAGUGACACCAGAAUGCGCAACUCAUCCAGCAUUACACUUCUCCCAUACAAAUACAAAGCCAUGGAACUAUACAGGCAAUUUCCAUUGACCUGAGACCUAUAUUAAAUUGGUAACAGAACUGUAGUUAUGGCUGCAAAACUUUACACUCCAAUUUUUUUACCAUUACCCUAACAGGUCCAUAUUUAUAUACAACCUUAACACAAUUUUGGAAAUUCUAAAAUUAUUCUAAAAUUAACAUUAUUGCAAAAACUUAAGGCCUUGUUUGUUUUUUGCAAUAAAAUAACAUAGAACUGUUAUAAUUAUUAAAAAAAUAGAAUUAUACUUGUUGAUCUCUCGGUUUAGUGAAGGACAAGUAUAAUGUGGACGUCCAGUGUUGGUGUUUUGUGAUAUGUGAUUCAAUGAACUGUGUUUAAAAGUAGAAACUGUCAAUGUGUUGCAGUUGCGUUUCAGAGAAAUUGUGUUUGCUGUUCUGGCUAUAGAGUUACAAAGAAAUGUGUUGUGUUAUAUAUUGGGUUCUGAAUACUUAGUUGUGUUAAUCGUGGUGUUUAGCGUUGCCUGUGUAUGGUAUAGACAUUGCCUUACGGCAUUGCUUGCCGUGCUUCGAUAUUGUGUUUACCGUAUAUUCAAGUCGUGUUGAGAAGUGUACCAGUCCAACCACAAGUGUGUAUAUUGGCACAAACUGUUACAGAAUUUGUUCUGUUGUGGAGUUUCUGACUGCUCGUACUUCUUCAAUAUUUGGUAUUGUGUCUUUGUAUCAGGUAGUCACUAUCACUUUCAGUUUAAUUAUUUUCAUAACUAUUCUUGUCACUUUAUUUUAUUUUUAUUUUAUUUAUUUAAAACAUAUUUAUACAGGGUGGCUACCAUUAAAUUAAAAAAUAAACUGUCAAUGGAGGCCCUGUGUAUAAGAUAAAUAAUGAUAAAAAUAUAUAUUUAUAAAUACAUAAAAAGAUAUGUUAGUGAUUAGGGAUCGUCCACAAAUUUCGUCUAAAUUCGGCUCAUUUUAAAUCGUCUUGUAAAUUUGUUUUGUUCGUCUUAACUCUUUCAUACGAGACGAUUUUUUGUGAUAACAUUGUAGUGUCUUAACCGUCUUAAUUCGUCUCAUAUCGUCUCCUGAUAGUCACAAAUUCGUCUCCGAAUAUCAUAUUUUAAAAACAAAUUCGUCUCCGAAUCGUCUCAUUUCGUCUAUGAAUUUUCUUAAUUCGUCUCAAAUCGUCUCAAUUCGUCUCUGCUAUAAUAAAUUCGUCUCAAAAGUUGAAAAAUAUUUUCGAACACUUCCGUGAGUUUAACACGAAACUUUAAAAAUCUUGGCCAGGAGACCCAGCGUGAUUUUGUUCCGUGAAAAAGAAAUUAUUCCAUUGUUCUAGCGGAACGGCAGUGGCAUAGCCUAGUUAACUAAGCUUUCUUCUUCAGUUGAUAAAAUGAGUUUCUCUCAAACUAAAGCUUAGACGCGAACGAAUGACUCAGCGGAAACCCCGAGUUUAAAUCGAACAAUGUGACUAAUCGCUUCGGAGGACAUUUUAAUUUAUCUGUGAGUUGUUUACCAAGCUUGGUCAAAUCUUACUUUGGUAAAAACUUUGUAGAAUACUAAUGUUUGUUAGGGUGAGUGAAACCACUCGCUGGAAUAUUCGGGAUGAAAAGGGCUUUCCCCGAUAAUAAUCACGUGAGCAGAGAACAAUAGAAUUAGCCAAUCAAAAAGCGCGGCCAGAUUUUGGCCGCAGAAAAAUCGUUUGAGACCCAGCGUAAUUUUCCCACCUUAACUACUCCGAUUUCCCGGUGGUAAGAAAAAUUACGCUGGGUCUCCUGGCUAGCAGUGGCACAGCUACUGAUUAACUUAAGCUACAUUGUUUGUACUCGUUCGAUUGUUGAAUGUUACGGUCUGUAUAUUUAUCAAACUUGGCAACAUUUUAUCACAGCAAACUUCGUCGUUCGAAGCUGGAACUAUGUUGUGGAAAAGCGAAACAAAUCUCACAAAAAAUAUUAUUAUUGGUCGUGACAGAUGGAAUCUUGAGUUAUUUUCGAUAUUUACUGGUAAGUAUAUCUGAAACUGAAUUUAGCCAUAAAUAUUCUUUAAGAUUAGGAUUCUUUAAAUAUGUUGUUAGGAAGGAAUAUAUAGAUAUUAAAUAUAGAUAGUUAGAUGCGAAACAUAGCUCGUCUUUACUGGGAGAUAUAUUCGAAAUGGCUGGCGUUCCUCCGCAAACGUCACAUCAUCGAAAAACAUUAAAAUUAGCCAAUCAAAAAUCGCCGAAAAUUUUCUUGAGGUAGAAAAUAGCCUUAACAUGGUAUUCAUUAACUAAACGAAACCAGUACACAGAUCAGGGAUAAAAGCAAAAUUUAUGUCAAGAUGUUUGUUCUCAGGUGUAUUUAGGUGUAUUUAGGUGUAUUCUGCCUGUAAUGGUUCGUACAUUUCAGUAUAUUAGCUCUUUUUAACUUAAUACAUUUAAAUGUUAUGUUGGGGAGCUAAGAGAAACCGUCCUUUUCGAAUUUUUCAAGAAGAAAAAUGUAACAAUUUUUAUCUUCUGCUCUGUGUUCGAAUCGUGAUUCAUUCAUUGGUUUCAGAGGGUCAGAGCACACGUGCGAGUGAGUUGUCGUUUUUUUUAUCAGUUUGAUUCUUUUUUUAAGUAUGUUAUGAGAAACAUAAACAUGCUGAACCUAUACCCGAAGAAAAGUUAAAAUAGGGAGUUAAUAAAUUUUAGAUAUUUCUAUUAACUAUGAUAAAUCAUAGUUAGAAAUAUCUAAAAUUUAUUUUGUAAGACAUUUUAUUUUGUAAGGGAAUAAAAAAAGUGCGAGAAUAAAAAAGCGCGGAAUAAAUUAGAACAAAUUCUUUUUCAAACAAUAUUAAAAUAAAAACUUAAAAUACGAAGACAAGUCAGAAUAAGGAGCUAAAAAAUUUUAUCUGAAAUUUCCACGGUUUUAGGAAAUCAAUCAUCUCAACAUUUUACGUUAUGCACGUUUUUUUUAUAAGAAACCAGUCCAUAAAUACGUAGCUAAAUACGUAUGCAAAAACACUUUUACUUUGACCUUUCUGUGCCUAAGGUUUUUUAUAGAAUGCGAGAAAAAAAAAGUUCGGAACGUGAGAAUUGACCUAAAUAAUUUCGUCUAUUUAUUUUAUCAAUCCGUGGUGUCCCUUAUUUUCUGACUUGCCUUUCGACAUUUUGAGUUAAUGAUUUCAUUUAAAUUGUUUUUUAUAUUAUUUUCAAAUUCCUCCUUAUGCUCCUUCCUGGCCUUCUGCAAAAUUAUUCCCAUUCUUCGUGGUGACAACACGUUUUUAUUUUUGCCACCAUUCAACCUGCCACCUGCUAAUUCGGCAAGGGUGAAACGCUUACCCAGCUCUUUUUUAAUUAACGCGGAGCAUGGGUUAAUUUUGCGUAGCGGGUUUUUUUUACCAACGGGUGGUGUGGCUUGCGGAGUUGCGACUUGCGGCCGUGCUUCAACAUGCGUGGUCUCCAUGCCCAUGUCAUCAUGUUCUGUGGGCAAGAAAAGUAGCGGAUCAAAAUUAUUUUCCAGCAUCUCAACAUAACUAUUCGGUGGCUGGGUAAUUGUUGCUGGCAAGGGCAAUGGUUCCUGGUAAAUUUUAUUUUUAGCCUCGUAUAAGUUUCUUUUUUUCAUGAUGUAACUCUCAAGCACAGCAGUUCUUGCGCUUAUAGCGUCUACUUUUGUGUCCAACUUCUGACACAGGCCCAGUAUCAAAUCAGUGUUUCUUUUUGUUUCGUGGAUUACCUGUGCCAGAUUGUUGGACUCAAAAUCGAUUUCAUGGUCGGCAAUGUUAAAAUUUGGAAUGUUUUGAACACAAUCAGCAAUGAAAGAGCUUGUGGAGACGGUAGCAGGAUCAUUUUUUAAAGUGGACACGAUUGACGGUAAUUCUGGUGUGAUAUUAAAAAGAAAAUUUUCCGGAGUCAAAAGAUUAAUGGCUGGCGAAGUUUUAGAAGGUGAAUGAUCAGGCGAUGUUUUGGAUGGUAAAUGGUCAGGCAAGGUUUUAGAUAGUGAAAGGCCUGGCAAGGUUUUAUACGGUGAAAGGCUUUUGACUGCUUUGGUUGCAAAUACCAAGUCCAAGGAUUUUAGUUGAUCACUUGGUAGGUGGCUCUCAUCCGUAAUCUCUUUGCUAGAAUCUGCUACGCUAUCUUCCACAUUACCUGUGGGCUCUUCUUCACUGGCUUCCUCUUCACUGGCUUCCUCCAUGUAUUCGUACAUGACCGAGUUGCCGCAUCGUGUGGUAACCUUCGCAAAAAGUAAGUUUUGGAAAGUUUAAAAACUGGAUAAGUCUAAAUAAACGGGCUUUGGGAGAUAUUCUUUACCGGAUAAACCUUUUGCUUAUUAAAUAUGUGUUUUUAGUCUGAAAUUGUUCUUAUUUUAUUCUUAUUUUCAACAAAUAUCAGCCUUAUUGUUCUAAUAAAAAUUAAAUAAUUGUUUCUUAGUAAUUCUAGAGUUGCAAUAUAUCUUUAAAAAAAACAUGUGUUGUCAAAAUUAUGCAUCAUUCACGCGAUACAAUGCAACGUCUUCUGUAUGAAAUCGAAUUCGAACGUGAUAAAAAAAAGAAAACAUAGAAAACAAAAACCAUUUUUGCAUACACUUUUCUUAAUGUGACUAUGAUAUGACAAAAAUAGAAUCUAUUUACCUUUGCGUUAAAUUCAUCGUUAACAUCAACAAUGAACUUUGUUUUUCGAACCCUGUCAAAAAUAAUAUGACCCAUUUGUAAAUAUUUAGGGUGCUUGUAUAACGGGAAGUUUUUUGAAUUGAUGGCAUUCCUUGAUACCAACGACCGUUUUAGAAUUGGCAUCCUCACAUUGUUUGUGUCAAGCCAACAGUCGUACGAUUUUGCAUAGCCUGUCCAAGUAACUUUCAGCCUCUCCCCACUAUUCUCUACGACUACAGCAUUAAGCCAAUGCCUAGUUUCGGGAUCUAAGGCUUGGACUGAGGACUUAACUUUGUACUCCAUCUAAAAGGACGCGUAGAUAGCUAUUUGUAUACACUCUACAUAAAUAAGUAUUUCUGAAAGACGGACUGUCUCGCGUCCAAAAAAUAUAAGAAUAUUGCUUACUUUUUCUUUAUAUCGCUACCACGUAAAAUUAUAACUAUAGCUAGCUUGCUAGCUAGUUUUUACUAUAUAUCGACGACAAUUAAGAACAAAUCUUUCAGCAACGUAUCCAAAAGAAAACUUUAUUAAUAUUAAGAACUUUUCCAAAAAAAUAUUAAAUAAUGUAUAUCAUAUAGCUAUAGCUAGUCUCCACUCUAAGCUAAAACCCUUGGUUUACACUGUUCGCGCCUUUUUAUCGAAAUAAUCCUGCAAUCUCGUCCCCAGAUCUUUUUGCGCUUUGUCUUUUGGAAAACCGCUUGGAAAAAAACGCGGAUAAAGGGCGUUUUUGGUCUAUGACGCCAUCGAAAUUUUUCAGAAAAGUUGAAUUCUGCGUUUUACUUUACAUAUAAUAUGGUGCCCAAUAAAUUAUGCCAGAUUCUUCAUAACUUGAGAUAUUGAAAAUGACCCCGAAAUAAAAAAGGACUGGCCUUAAGUAGCCCGAGUAGCAAAUAUGUCCAUUAAUGGUCCAUUAACCUCAUGUGUCGGGUUUUGUCUGCUUCUGAAAAAAAAGCGUAUCUGCAGCCAUGAUUGCAGACAUCAUAUUUUGUUGUAAGGCAGGGCAUGAUGCGCGAUGCACUAGAAAUAUUUCGGCAUAGUUGUGACUGUACCAUCUCGAUGAGCGUUUUAUAGUGACCUGCAAAAAAAUCACUAUGUUGUGGUGUUGGACACGUGCCUCCAAAUUCUCUUAUCACGUCUAAAAAUUGGUUCUUCCGAAGUGGCAAGGAUGAGCAAUGGUCACAAUCUGUGCUAGUACAACGUACAAACUCAAUUUGAUACGCUUUCCUCGUACAAUGCUUCACGAAAAAGCGGUAUUUCUGUUGUAGCUCUGUAAAUUCAACAGAUGAUUUUAUCGAUUUUCUGGAUGCAACACAAAAUCUUUUGAUAGUAUCGUGCGCGCACUUGAUAUCCUUCAGCAACGGAUUUGUAGAUAGGAAGGUUUCUACUUUUAUUGGAAAACCAUCAUAUAUUUUAUUGUUCCAAAACUUUGAGCAAACCGUUGCAGCAUUGUCGAGGACGUUUAACCAUUUUUCAGAAUCAUUUGGAUUAGGUGUUUUUCCAUCAACCUCAACGGGAAGCGUUACUCCUACCAGCUGCUGGGUGAGGAAAGACCAACAUCUUUCUAUAGGAUUAAAACGGGAGUGCCCCGGAGCGUAACAUUGAACGAUCAAACAAUCUAAACGUAAAUUCAACCACAAAUAACCCAACGACAUCAGGUUAACUACUGCUUUUGUUGACCAGUCGGGGCCUCCAUCUGCAAUUGCAACGACGUUAUAAACAUUUUUAAUUUUUUUUUCUUGUUGCAAAAGAUGAAGAAGAUAGUUUACAUGCAUGACGUUGGUGGCUUCUACUAAACGUGAAGGAUAUAAAUGUAUGAAAAGCGGACCUUUACGGGACCAUUUGAUUUUGCUUCUACCAACUUUGUCCUUGGUUCUUUCUGAUUUUAGGACCAGAAAACUGCUUCCUUCAGACAAAGACCUUUUUCUAUUUAUUUUUAAAGGCUGGCGGGUUGGAGAUAAUGAGCGUGAUCUUGUUAUUCUCACCUUUAAUUGUUGAUAACCUGCUGGGGUUAAUUUACUAUUCGGAUAGGGGAAGUCGUGGUCAUUGUAAAUGGGAGCCUCAUUUUCGAUGUGAUAACGUCGGAUUUGCGCACGUCUACUCGUGGCGGGAAUACCAACAUCCACCUUGUUUUUGUUGUCAACUGACAAGGAGAUUGUGUUUUCAUUGCAUAACUGCGCUAACUCAUUAACCAAGUUAACUUGGGAGCAAGAAAAAUGAAAAUCUUCAUGGAUCUUUUUUUCUCCCGUGUUGCGCUUGGGCGGAACACGUGCAUCAACCAACGAUUUGUGACGCUUGCUCGAAGUGGUUUUUUUUCUCCUCGGUCUCAUGAGGUAAUGCACUGCGCUCUUACUCACAUUUAACCCGAGCGUACUUUUUAUGUGAGAGACAAUAUCUUUUAAGCUUACACCAUUUGUGUACAUAAUACUGUCUCUGCGCCUCAAAUGGGCCUCGGCCGAGUUCUGACUUAUGUAGGAUGCGAUACAUGGAACCAAGCCCGGAUGUUGCUCGUGUAGCGCUGGUCUGCCUCGUUUUUUUGAAGCUAAAAUAAGAAAAAGACUAUUCUAUAAAUGCAAAUAAUGACGCGAGUGAUUACUAAACAAGUUUAUUAAUGUUUAUUUAGUAAAAUCUGACUUGAGGCUGGCUAUUCUUACUUUUGAGACUUUCAGUCUGUUUUAUUCUUAUUUUGUUCUUAAUAGUAAGAACACGACUUCAGAAUUUAGCCUCUAUUUGUUCUUAUUGAUAUAUUUUUCCCAAAGUUUCUGAAAUUUAUGUAUUUAUAUACAUGAGAUAAUAUGUUUAAGUCCAGCACAAAAUAUAAAAAAUUCAAGCAAACAAAAAAAGAUUACUGGAAUACAUUAUUUUGUUCUUAUAAUCUGUGAAGGAAUUCAGGUUGAGUACGUUUUUAAUAUGUUCUUAAUUAUUGGCAAAAUCUCAGCCUCAACGCUCUUAAAAACGCAGUUUUUAUAAAACAAAUCGCGUAUUGAAUUGACAAAAUUGAAGGCUAAAGGAAAAAAGUUUAUCCAUUUGAUUUUUUUUUGUGAUAGUUUACAAAAAAUGAUUCAAAUCUUAAUCCAUGGGCACUAGGCUGCUCAACUGAGUGUCUAAACAAGCGGCUAUCUAAUUUGUCUGAAAUCAUUUUACGUAAUGCAACCGCACGUCACACAGUUUUUUUGCGGAACAUUAUUUGCUUCUGACAAGCCGUUUCUGUCACAUAAAAUUGUUAAUAAUUUUUUUUUUGCAAUGUGCAGCCCACCAUAAUCAAUUGUAUAAGUAUAAUUAUACAUUAAGUUAAUAUAACAGUGCAAGUUGACAAAAAUAAUAAAGCAAAAAUAGUUUUUUUUCGUAAUUUUCAGAAGCAAUAUCGCAACAAACUUCAAUUGCUAUUAUUUACUUCUUAUGCUCACACCGGCAUGUGCGAAGAGAAAAGUUAAAAUAGUGAGGUUUUUCGAAUAUUUGUGUGUUGUUGGUAAAAAAACAACAAAUCUUUUAAAGAUUUUGCAUCAUCGAGCUUUAAAUUUACGAAUAAAGAAAAUAUAUAGUUUUAUAAUUAUAGUAGUUUUUUUCUCAUGACUACGGAAAAAUCACAAGAUAAAUUGGGCAAUUAUAUAUUUUUUUGUUUUCAAGACCGUUGCUGAAAAUUUUACGACGAGAUAAAAAUAAAUAUUUACCGCAUUGUAAAAUUUCGUUGAUGUAAUCUUCAUUUUCAUCAUCGGACAAAGAAUCGUCCGUAAACAACCAAUCUAGGUCGCUGUCGCUAUCUGAAAUAUCUGAAUACAUUAAAACCACUUUAAAAAACACUAGCUUUUUAAAUAAAUUUUCGUGUUUAAGAAACCCUGUCGUCUUAGUUCGUCUCAAUUCGUCUCCGUGAUUUUACCGCAGCGUCUUAAUUCGUCUCAAUUCGUCUCCGUGAUUUUACCGCAGCGUCUUAAUUCGUCUCAAUUCGUCUCCGUGAUUUUACCGCAGCGUCUCAAUUCGUCUCAAUUCGUCUUAAAAUAUUUUGUUCCACUUUUUUUAUUCUGAGACGAAUUGACAAAAUAUCGUCUCCUGAUAUUUAUGAGACGAUUUUUAAAUCGUCUCAAUUUCAAUUAAGAACAAAACGAGACGAAUUUUUUUUAACUUUUUCGUCUUAUAGCGUCUCGUUAAUGGGACGAAAUUUGUGGACGAUCCCUUAGUAUAUACAUUAAAAUCAAUAGAAAAGAAAGAAUGCGAACAACACUGUAGCACUAAAUGAUGAUGUAAGACAGGAAUAUAGUAGGAACUGAGAAAAAAAAUAUAGGUGCAGGCCACUAACAUGCACAGCCAAGAAAAAGAUCAUAAAAAAGCAAGAACUAAGUUAUAAGGAAACAAAUGCAGAUGUAAAAUUUAGGAAAAUGCUUGCAUCCAUAAUUUCUUAAAUUUAAUAAAAUUUUCGUUUUUUCUAAUAUUCAUAUUCAAUUCUUUAUAUAGUUUUGCACCAUUGUACUGUAAUGAUCCACGAUAAUACUUGCGUUUUAAUUUUAGCAAUCUCAAAAGACAUUGGUUAUUCCGUGUACAACUGUUAGUUAUAAUAUCAAAGUGAUCUUUGAAUCCAACACAAACAUUAUCAUCAAGGCAUUUACGCACAAACAGACAAGCUCUAAUCUUUUUUAUCAAUAUUGUCAAUAAUGGAGACUGCCCUGCGGUGGAAUCAUUUAAGUUUCAGUUCGUUCGUGUUGUCCAGUUGUAGCGAUGAUAAUGCAUAGUAAGUGAGUAACGGUACAACCAUAGAUUGAUAAGUUUUAGCAGCCCUGUGAUGUCAGCAUUAAACGAAGUUUUACAAGUAAUUGGAGUCUUGCUUUUUGUACGCAAUAUCGAAAUUUUUGUUCAUAUUUAGUGUACCAUCGAUCACUAUUACAAGGUAUUUAAUUAACGCAUUUUGUUAGUAUUUGACCUUGAAACGUGAUGUUGAGACCAUCCUUGCAUUUUGCUAACAUUUGCUUGGAUCCAAAGAGCAUUGCCUCAGUUUUACCCUUUUUGAAAUUCAAUAUAAGGUUGUUGUCAUUACACUAUUUCCCGAUGGAUGUCAUGUCGAUUGACAGUUUUCUUUCAAUUUUAACUAAUGAUUUGUCACUGAACGUUUUACCGUGUUAUCAGCAUAUUUUAUAAUCUGACUGUGCGAAAGAACCAAUGGUAAAUCAUUAAAAUGUAUAAUAAACAGUAACAGACUAAGAAUGGAUCCUUGCGGAACACCAUUCAGAGCAAAAUCAAUUUCACAUAACGAAUCGUUAUACCAGACUAGUUGCUGCCGACAAAACAAAUGUCAGUAAACCAAGCAAACUCUGUAUCAUUAAACCAUAUUAAUUGCUGACAACGCGCAGGGAAAAACAACAAUAAAAACUGCAAGUUUGGCGGAUAUGAGGGGUCUCGGAGGAUAUGUGUGUACUGUAUCUAAUUGUAACAGAAGUCAACAAAGACCACAACAAACUGUCUAAGACAGUUUCUCGUAAAUGUAGUGUGGUCAACAAGGAUCACAUAAACAAACUGUCAAUCAAUAUAAGUAAAACAAACUGUCAACAAAGACAGGUUCUAAACAAACUGUCAACAAAGACAGGUUCUAACAAACUGCCAACAAGGACAGCUUAAGAUUGAUAGUUCAUGAAUAGCAAAAUAUUACUUAAGAAUACCAGCAUGAGUUUAAAAUACACAACACACCCCCUC